AAUUUAUAAAAGUCAGAUCUGAAGCAAACAUUCAAUUGCUGCAGUUUAAUUUUAAUUAUGAAAAUGAAACUCAUAUUGAUAGUAAUCUUGUCUUUUGGACCUUUUCUAACCCUUGCUGGUAUUGGUGAAUGGGGUAGAGUAUCGAUGGACAAUCCAACCGUUCUUGAGCUGGCCGAACUUGCUGUUGAUGACCACAAUAAACUUAGCACCAAUGACUACUACUUUAAAUUGGUUAAAAUCACCUCAGUUUCAUUCCAAGCUCUAAAUGGAAUCAAAUAUUCGAUAACUUUCAUCAUUGGUCAAACAAAAUGUUUCAAAACGGACCCAAAUCAUAAAAAAUGUGAUUUACUACACAAAAAUAUUAAUAUUAUGAAUUUAUGUUCCUACUUAUUCUGGAUAAAACCAGGAACACCAAAAACUGUUGAAAUCAUCCACCAUGCAUGUGACAAAGGACAUCAACUUAGAAUGCAAGAUUAUGUUGGCCAUGAAUAUUCUGUUGAAGGCUAUGAAGCUCAUGAAGAUACGGAGGAUGGUCAAGAUGAUGAUUACGUCGCUUAUGAUAACGAUUGAGUGAUAUAUUUAUCAAACUUGAAUAUUCAGCCCAAAUCAAUUUCAAAGGGUCGAUUCAAAUAAAAGAAUAAAGUGUGAAGAUUUCACUUUUAUUAUUUCCA